AAGAGAAAAAAAUGGCAACAAUCGUGAAUCAAGAAAUGGAACAACCACGACCAUCAACUUCGAAAGAAUUGAAUCAUGGUUCUAUGGUUGAAAUUGAUUUGUCCAAUGAAAACAAAAACGAUGUGGACCAAUCGAUGGAUGGUCAAUCAGAACCAGAACCAGAAAUUGUUUUCGAACCAAUUGCUGAAACAGCCGAUGAUGAUUCAACCGAAAAUCGUUAUUGUCAUUAUUUGAAUUCAAUUUGGAUUUCAAUCAAUCCAUUAUUCAUUUCUCUUGCACGAUUUUUCCGUCGUUACAUUAAUGCAACAAUCAAUUGGUUUUUGUAUCGUUUUGGUCAAAAUGGUGACGAUGAUCGUGAGAAAAUUAUUCCCGAUAAGGCCAAUGUGGUUUUGUCUAUUUAUGAUACCCAUUUUUAUAAGAUUCCAAAGGCAAUCUUAAAACAACCGAAACAAUCAUCAAAUGAUCAUUGUGAACCGAAUAAAAUUGCUUCAUCUUCUUCUACUUCGUCAUCUUCAGAUUCUUCGGUCUACACAACUGUAAUUGGUGAUGUAAAAAAUGAAAUUGAAAUUCAUCAUGCUGAAGAUUCUUCUACUGAUCAAGGAUCACUUGGCGCCAAAGCCAUAUCCAUAUUGCAGGAUGCAUUACGUGAAAUUCGUGAUUAUGAUAUCAAUGACAAUAACGAUCAAGCUGUUGUUGUCAACGAUACUAAAAAGAUGAUGAUGAUGAUGAUGAUGAUGGUGAUGGCAAUAAAAUAGACGGUAAUGAUAACAAUUUGGUUAUCAUUCAAA